AUGUCCUUCGGAUACGCUGUCGGCGAUGUAGUUGCCGUUUUGGGUCUUUUUGAGCGCAUCGCUAUUGAGCUGCGCAACUACAAAGACGCUCCGGCGCAUUUCCAACUUCGCGCCGAAUUGAAUCUCGUGCGCAACACCCUUAAACACGUCUUGAAUCUUGACCCUGAAUGCGUGGAAGAACUCCAGACUUUGGAGAAGAUCAGAGCUAUCGUUGUGCAUUGCUCGCAACCCUUGCAAGCUAUGGCCGACAAGAUGCGAUCCAAAGACAGCAGUCUGGGUCAUUUUAAGACAACGAGAAGCCUCAGUGCUAUCGGGAUAAGGCUUCACUGGUCUAUGAUCGCCAAAAGCGAUGUGGACUCACUGCGGCAGACUGUUAUGUCGCAAAUGUCUGCGAUCAACAUUCUCUUGAGUGUGCAGCAACUGUUACAUGCAAAUGUAAUAGCCAGGCAUGCUUCCAAUAUCUUGAGUAUAACAUCGAGAACACAGAGUGCAGUUGACACGCUAGCAGCAGAUGCAAAGGUCAGUGCGGAGAUACAUUCAAAGCAAUCAAAGUCGAUUGAUAAGCACUUGACUGGCAUCGAGACAAGCAUGCUUCACUUGACACGACAAGCAGAAAAGGCGUCGGCCACCGCGCGUCGCCAUACGGCCUUCCUAACUCGCUAUGCGAAAGCUUUGUUUCGUCUUAUGCAAGAUGUAAAGGAAUUAUUCAUUUUGCGCAUGCUCCUUGAUAUAAGCGGACAGCUGAAACGUAUUAUACGAGCUAUCGAGGCUAUACCACUCUAUCCCACGUUAGAUAUCGUGCGGCUUGGCGAUGCCCUCGGCGAAAGCUGGGCCCUUCCGUUACAGGCUUGCAGAACCUGGGAAUUCGUUGUCUAUGCAAAUGAAAGGCCUGGUGUGAAUAACAUUGUACGGAAUCUAUUCGCCCUUACGCAUGCAAAGACCGGGAUGCAAGUCAAUGAAAAUAAUUGGGCUGGUUUGAUCAAGGCAGGUUUCCAUGUUGAGCAAGCCAUGGUCAUUAGAGCAGUUCAUUUAGCAGAGAGGUCAAGGGUUGAUAAAGAGAAGUUUGGCCCUCAAUUGCCCCGGGUCGAGGCUGAGCAGAAAACAGAGAGUUUUCGCAAGGUUAAAGUAAUCUAUCGAGCAAAGUCUAUUCGAGAUGUUGCGGAUGCAUAUGCUCGGCUAGUUGAGAACCCUAAUCAUUUGACAGCAAAUGCGAUUGUUGGUCUAGAACUGCUUCGAGUUGUAGAACAUCACUAUGAAGACGAACGUGCUCGGGAGUUAAUACGUUAUUUGAAGUUUGUCGUCACCCAAUACGUGGACUCCUAUCACAGCUUGGCAAGAGCUGUGAGGCUAAAUCCUUACCUGUACGAAGCUUGGUAUAACCUUGGCGUUUUAGUAGCUGAAUUUAAAAAAUGCACUGAGUUAAUGCCAGGCUUGUCCGAUGCUUACGAUUCUAAUGAGGAGGUGUUGCGAACUUGCCUUAUUCGCACCAUGAUCGAGACCCCUCUCCAGACACAGUACGAGGCUGUGGACCAAGCUGAAGGUGAAUAUAUAACCCUCAAUCCUAUUCAGGAGACUGGACAACGAGGCUCAGAUGAUGAUACUGAUGAGGAAUACUCUGUCUAA